GUUCUUGUAAUGAGGUCCAGAACACUGAACUGCCCACCAGCAGCCUCAACAGCCUGGAAAACUUGGCACCUCCCCUUUGGCUUGGAGUCUCCCCAGCCCAGAACACUCACCUGCUAAGCACCCUGGGAGGAGGACGAGGGGGAGGGGGAGGAGGGGGAGGAGGACCUAGUCCUGAGGCUUACCUGGCCGGAAACCAGCAGGCCUGGCUUGCCCUGAGGCUGCACCAACACCCUCGUUGGCACUUACCUUUUUUUUCUUGCCUGAGGACAAGUCCUGAACCCUAAGCUGACUAGGACCUCGAGUUCCAAAUCAUGCUCCAGACAAAGAACUGUAUGUUAGAGAGGCUUAAAACUGGGCGCUUGAUAAAACUAUGUUCAUAAACUAGAGCCCAGAAUUGAACACCAGGUCAUCCUAGGAUCUGCAAUCCAGAGUAAUAGGCAAACUACAGCCUGAAAUCUUUAAGUCGGAAACAGUGGAGACACCUUGGAGCUAGAACUAGGAGUCCACAGGGUUAGCUCUCGGGAGACAGAAGCAAACUACUUGCUUUCUCUUGAAUCCCAGGAGCAAGGCUAAAGCUGGUUCAUGAGGAAACACAAUGAAGCAACCAUUUCUACACGUGGAGGGCAGUCUUCCCCCUUCCCCGUUUCUAUUUUAGUCAUUAGGCUGUAGGACCUUGACAUUUAAGCUUUGGCUGUUGCUACAAGGGCAGGCAGGGCUUGCCUUCUGGUGGGUGGACAAUCCCUGCAGUGAUAUUCCUCUCGACGGAAGGAGCCAGGAUUUAGGGUGGUGCUGACCUAGAUCGAGCUGGCAGGAUACUGAAGGGGGAAAGGCUGAAGGACGUUUUCGUGCCAAGGGGAUCUUGCACAUUCACUGCCUAUGCAGUGUGUGGCACAGAGCACGGCUAAAGCCUGAAGUAGUUGCGAACCGCCCAGGAGGGCAACCGCGAGAAGUACGGCGGGGGACGCCGGAAGCGGUCCGUUCCAAGAAAACCAUCCCCGGUGCUACUCCUUCCGGGGCGGAGGUAACCAUGGCGGCGGCUUUGGCUCGGCUGGGACUGCGGCCAGUCAAGCUGGUUCGAGUUCAGUUCUGCCCGUUUGAGAAGAACGUGGAGUCGACGAGGACCUUUCUCCAGGCGGUGAGCAGCGAGAAGGUCCGCGCCACCAACCUCAACUGCUCGGUGGUCGCCGACGUGAGGCACGACGGCUCUGAACCCUGCGUGGACGUGUUAUUCGGAGAUGGGUAUCGGCUGAUUAUGCGCGGUGCCCACCUCACCGCUCAGGAGAUGUUCAGCGCCUUGGCCUCCCACAUCCGGGCCAGGAACGCCGCGGAAGCAUCUGCACCCAGCGCAGACAAGGUCGCCCCGGGUGCGGGUACCCGCCGCUGACGUUGCAGAAGAGUCUGACAGCCGAAUGUUAGUGAGGAACUAAAGACAGUGGUCUACGAGGAGCUGGGCUUAAAUCACUCAAAAUGCUGCAUGGAGGUCACGAUGCAGAGCAAGAGCCCUAACAGCAGGGCUUCUGGAGCAAGAUAAGUAAGAUUGGGUGGUGAGGAGUCCGGACAAAUUGGAACUUUUCUUUCUCGGUGUUUAACCAUAUUUGAAUCUGUCACUCAAGUACAUUUUAAUUAAAUAUUUAUUGCCAAAUGAA